UGUUCCUGUUUCUAUUCAUACGUUAAGAAAGAGGCGCCAUCACAGAUGCCCGCGCACACAGCGAGAGAGAAAUGUCCGAUCAUACGGUGAAGUUCAGUGUUGUGUGCAGUAUGUUCAAUUGGAUGCAACGUAGCAAGUCAUCAGCAAAGAAACGUUCCAAGUUUCGUAAAUUCCUCGACAAUUUCUGCAAGCCAGGUUACUAUUUCAGUGCUAUUCGAUUAAUUCUUCCGUCUCUCGAUCGAGAGAGGGGGACAUAUGGGUUGAAGGAGUCUGUGCUCGCGACUUGCCUUAUUGACGCAAUCGGAAUGUCGAGGGAGUCGGAAGAUGCUCUUCACCUCAUGAAUUGGCGCAAGGGAGGAGCGAAAACUGGUGCCAAUGCCGGCAACUUUGCGCUUGUCGCUGCUGAGGUUUUACAGCGCAGGCAAGGGAUGGCUUCUGGUGGACUAACAAUCAAGGAAUUGAAUGAUAUUCUUGAUCGACUGGCUUCAAGUGAAAAUAGGGCAGAAAAGACAAAUAUUCUUUCUGAUCUCAUCAAAAAAACCAAUGCACAGGAAAUGAAGUGGAUUGUAAUGAUCAUUCUUAAAGAUCUCAAGCUGGGAAUUAGUGAAAAGAGCAUUUUCCAUGAAUUCCAUCCAGAUGCUGAAGACUUGUUUAAUGUCACUUGUGACUUGAAGUUAGUUUGUGAAAAGUUGAGGGAUCGUAGUCAGCGGCAUAAACGACAGGACAUAGAAGUUGGAAAAGCUGUGCGUCCUCAACUUGCUAUGAGAGUUGCUGAUGCCACUGCUGCAUGGAAGAAGCUGCAUGGAAAGGAAAUGGUUGUUGAAUGCAAAUUUGAUGGUGAUCGAAUCCAAAUUCAUAAGAAUGGCGCAGAGAUACACUUUUUCUCAAGGAAUUUUCUUGAUCAUUCUGAAUAUGGUCAUGCAAUGUCAACCAUUAUUAUAGAAAAUAUCCUGGUUGACAGGUGUAUACUUGAUGGCGAAAUGUUGGUUUGGGACACAUCUACCAAUCGUUUUGCAGAGUUCGGCUCAAAUCAAGAAAUAGCAAAGGGAGCAAGGGAUGGACUAGACAGAGAUCGACAGUUAUGCUAUGUUGCAUUUGAUAUUCUUUAUGUUGGAGACACUAGUGUGAUCCAUCAGAGUUUGAAGGAACGACAUGACCUUCUCAGAAAAGUUUUAAAGCCUUUGAAGGGUCGUUUGGAAAUAUUAGUUCCUAACGGUGGUCUUGAUGCUCAUCUUCCUGUAGUGGAGCCAUGCUGGUCUCUUAUUGCAAAUUGUGUGGAAGAUGUUGAAAAUUUUUUCAAGGAAACUAUUGAAAACAGAGAUGAAGGAAUUAUGCUGAAAGACCUUGGUUCUAAAUGGGAACCUGGUGAUCGAAGUGGAAAGUGGCUAAAGUUGAAACCAGAUUACAUACAUCCUGGUUCUGAUCUGGACAUUCUGAUCAUAGGAGGGUACUAUGGAUCUGGACGUCGAGGAGGAGAGGUAGCCCAAUUUUUGAUGGGCCUUGCAGAGCGUUCAGCCCCCACUGUAUAUCCUAGACGGUUUAUUUCAUUUUGCAGAGUGGGUUCUGGACUAUCUGAUGAAGAGCUUGACACUCUUGUUAACAAACUGAAGCCCUACUUCAGGAAAAAUGAGUACCCUAAGAAGGCACCACCAAGCUUUUAUGAAGUAACAAAUAAUGCAAAGGAGAGACCAGAUGUUUGGAUUGACAGCCCAGAAAAGUCAGUCAUACUCUGCAUUACUAGUGAUAUCCGAACCAUCAGGUCAGAGGUAUUUGCUGCACCCUACAGUUUGAGGUUUCCUCGUAUUGACCGGGUUAGAUAUGACAAGCCUUGGCACGACUGCCUUGAUGUGCAGUCUUUUGUCGACUUGGUGCACUCAAGUAAUGGCAACACACAUAGGGGGACAGAUUAUGGAGCUCCAAAAGAUCAUAAACCAAAAAGCGUAAAAUCCUCGACAAGGGGAAAGAGAAAACAUGCCUUUGUUGUCCCUUCUCAUUUUAUUCAGACUGAUACCUCCAGGGUUAAGGAAACAACCUUCAUAUUUGCAAACAUGAUGUUUUACUUUGUCAAUGUGCCUCCAACGCAUUCUUUAGAUUUCUUUCACAAAAUGGUGGCUGAGAAUGGAGGUUCUUUUUCAAUGAAUCUGAAUGACACUGUUACUCACUGUAUUGCUGCUGAACAGAAAGGUAUUAAAUAUCAGGCAGCUAAGCUUCGUAAUGAUAUUAUCCAUUACUCAUGGAUCUUGGAUUGUUGCUCACAAAAGUGUCUUCUGCAUCUACAGCCAAAGUACUACCUUUUCCUCUCGGAUUCUUCAAAGAAAACGUUACUGGAAGAGGUUGAUGAAUUUUCCGACUCUUACUACUGGGAUCUUGAUGUUUCGGACAUUAAACAGCUCUUCAGAAACAUAGAAAGAUCAGGCGACCCCGAAAGUAUCGACUAUUUUAAGAAGAAGUACUGCCCAAUGGAUAAAUGGCAUCGUUUUCAGGGAAUUUGCAUUUAUUUCUGGCGUACAGUUCACUCUAUAAGUAAAGAGUGGGAUGUCUUGCUGGAGCUUACUGUGCAGAGGUUGAGGCUUGAAAUAUCUACACGAGGUGGUGAAGUCACUGGCAGUCUUUCACAUGCUACUCAUUUGGUAGUCCUGUCAGAACUAGGUUCUUAUGUGGACUUUGAUACCAUAUUCAAAAGUUUCUCAGCAGCAGAUAAACAUCUUGUGAGGAACAAAAGGUUUCAUGUUGUGGAUUAUCAAUGGUUAGAGGAUUCCUUGGAAAAGGAUCAAAACUUGCAAGAGGAGAAAUAUAGUUUAAAGCCCAAUGGAUUGGAUAAAUUACUUAUUGAGAGAAGGUAGCUUUCAGUAUCUUAAAACUAUA